CAGGUAAUGAACCACAAAGAUCAUGUCUGAAGUACAAGGAACGGUUGAGUUUUCUGUAGAGCUACAUAAAUUUUAUAAUGUGGAUCUCUUUCAGCGAGGGUAUUACCAGAUCCGAGUGACCUUGAAGGUGUCCUCCAGGAUUCCCCACAGACUGAGUGCUUCCAUUGCUGGGCAGACAGAGAGCAACAGCGUGAAUUCAGCCUGUGUCUACGAGAGCACUGUGCACAGCCGCGUCUUCCAGAUCUUGUACAGGAAUGAAGAGGUGCCCAUAAACGAUGCUGUCCUCUUCCGAGCUCAUUUGCUCUUAGACGGUGAAAGGGUGGAAGAUGCCCUGAGUGAAGUCGAGUUUCAGCUCAAGGUGGACCUGCACUUCACAGACAGCGAGCAGCAGCUGAGGGAAGUGGCCGGUGCCCCGAUGAUCAGCAGUCGCACACUGGGUCUGCACUUCCACCCGCGGCGGGGUCUGCACCACCAGGUCCCGGUUAUGUUUGACUACUUCCACCUGUCGGUGAUCUCGGUGACUGUCCACGCCGCCCUGGUAGCUCUUCAGCAGCCCCUGAUCAGUUUCACUCGUCCUGGAAGAGGCUCGUGGCUCGGUAAAGGUGGCCCAGACGCGGGACCCGAGCCGUCCGUUAUUUCUCUGGAAAACUUAGUGUUUGGAGCUGGAUACUGCAAGCCCACUUCCUCAGAGGGAAGCUUCUACGUGCCCUCGGAGAACUGCAUGCAGCAUGCCCGCAAGUGGCACCGGGACCUGUGCUUCCUGCUCCUGCACGCCUACCGCGGGCUGCGCCUCUACUUCCACGUCAUCAUGCGGGACGUCCCGGAGCUGCCCCACGCGGAGCUGAAGGCCCUGGCUGUGGAAGAAACGCUCUCUCGGCUGUGCUCUGAGCUACAGAUGCUGAACAAUCCAGAGAAGAUAGCCGAGCAGAUCAGCAGGGACCUGGCCUGGCUGGCAUCCCACCUGAUGGCGCUGUGGACACAGUUCCUGGACGCCGUGACCCUCAACUCCCAGGUGGCCACUUACCUCACCCAGGAGCACCACACCCUGAGGGUCCGGAGGUUUUCUGAAGCCUUCUUUUAUAUGGAGCACCAAAAGCUGGCAGUCCUGACCUUCCAGGAGAAUCUGAUACAGACCCACAGCCAGCUUUCCCUGGACAUCCGGAACUCGGAGUACCUCACCAGCAUGCCCCCGCUGCCCGCAGAGUGCCUGGACAUCGACGGAGACUGGAACACGCUGCCCGUCAUCUUCGAGGACAGAUACGUGGAUUGCCCGGUGACAGGGCAUAAUUUGAGUCUUUACCCUAAUUUCGACGUCCCAGUGACAAGCCCGGCAAUCAUGGAUCUGAAAGGAAAAGAAGAGAACCACAUUGCCACCCCCAAGUCACCUUUCGCGCAAGACUUUGUCCUGUCCUCUGUGAAAGCGCCCCAGAGGAGCUCUGACAGGGAGAGCGUGGGAGGCCCGCGGCCGGGUGGGAGCGCGCCCACGGCGCACCACGUGGACGUGUGCUCCGAGUCUCAGGUGUACCUGACCAUAGGCGAGUUCCAGAACAAAGCAGGCGUGGCCAAGGACGAGGGCUGGGCUGGCCAGAGGCCUGCGGUGAAGACCUACGCCCUGGCCGUGGUGGACUCGCCGCGGAGGAGCAGCACCGGCCCAGAGGACGGACGGGGCCCGGCCCUGACCUACAUUGAUGUGAAAUCCAGCAAUAAAACCCACCAUCCAGGAGACCCCAAGCCGCUCCCUGGCGCCCCCUAUGAAAGCCGGGGCUGCAGAGACCACUCCGGUCCCCACAGGACUGUGCUGGGCCAAGUGGGAGCCGGUGGAGGUCACCAAAGACUGGCCAUCUCCGAAGCGGAGCCCGAGGCCCAGCAGGGGCUGCUGAGCCUGCCGCUCACCCCAGCCGAUCCCCGCGGGGAGCCGGGGAAGAAGCCCAGCACGGAGGAGCUGUCGGGGCCAUCCGGGGCCAUCCAGCGGUCUUCGUCCCUCAUCUCCGACUCGGGCAUCGAGAGCGAGCCGAGCUCCGUGGCCUGGUCGGAGGCGCGCAGCCGGGCCUUGGAGCCGCCCGGGGACCGGGACGGCGCGCAGCCGGCGGCGCGCAGGCACGCACGGCACAGGAACUCGCUGGAAGGGGGCCACGCUGACAGCCACGCUGGCAGCCACGCAGGCAGCCACGCGGGCAGCCACGGCAGCCUGCCCAGCGGCACCCAGGCUUCGCUCACCUCCAUCAGCUCCCUGCCCUUCGAGGACGAGGCGCGCGAGCCAGCGCACACCAGGCUCACCAAGUCGGCGUCCGCGCCCCACAUCAGCAGCCCCGAGGACGCCCAGUGCCUUGGAGGCUUUGCUGGAGACGUGGAGACGCACGGCCACGGCCACAGCCCCGGUUCCCCGGGACACAGCUCUCCAUCCUGCGUGGGCUUCGGAACCCACGACGGCGCAGCCGGCCACGAGCUCUCUGGCACAGUCACGGACGUGGACAGGCCGCCGGGCCCCGGAUACCUGGACCUCCCUACGGGGGCCAGGGGUCCCCUCGAUCGUGAAGGCCCCGAUGGCAGGACUGAGAACAUCGCCAUGGGCGUGGAAACCAAAGGUCCCCACCUGAAGCCACCACCAUCACCACCGCGCCAGCCUCCUGGGACCACGUCGCGCCCUGGAGCGCUCGUGGAAGGCCCGCAGGACAGGUCCACGGGGCACUCCCCGGACACGCCCCGCAGCUCCCCACGCUCCGCCCAGGACACGGAGGAGGAACCCGAGGCGCUCGCCCCGCGCCCCGCCGUGCCCCACGCCGCGCCCCCCCAGGGCUGGAGACACCAGGAGCUGAAGGCCGGCCCCGCCACACUGGGAGCCCACCUGAGCCCGGCCGAGACCUUCGCCCUGGACAGCCUGAAGACCGUGGAGGUGGUCAACCUGUCCGUGUCCUGCACGGCCACCUGCCUCCCCUUCUCUUCUGUGCCCAAGGAGACCCCAGCCAGGGCCGGCUUCGCCUCCAAACACACCCCGGCCCCCAUCACCCACCAGCCUCUGGGCUCCUUUGGGGCCAUGUCUACCCACUCCGGCCAGCUGGAGGAGGACGUCAGCGAGAGAAUGUCCAGUUUCUAUCAGGCCAAAGAAAAAUUUAAAAAAGAACUGAAGAUUGAAGGAUUUCUCUACAGUGACUUAACUGUGCUAGCUUCUGACAUCCCGUAUUUCCCACCAGAGGAAGAGGAAGAAAACUUGGAGGAUGGCAUUCAUCUAGUUGUCUGUGUCCACGGCUUAGAUGGAAACAGUGCAGAUCUCCGGCUGGUGAAGACCUUCAUAGAGCUGGGGCUUCCUGGGGGGAAGCUGGACUUCCUGAUGUCGGAAAAGAAUCAGAUGGACACAUUUGCAGACUUUGAUACCAUGACGGAUCGAUUGUUAGAUGAAAUCAUCCAACACAUUCAGUUGUACAAUCUCUCCAUAUCCCGAAUUAGCUUCAUCGGCCAUUCUCUGGGCAACAUCAUCAUCCGCUCGGUCCUCACCCGGCCCCGGUUCCGGUAUUACCUCAACAAGCUCCACACCUUCCUUUCGCUGUCUGGGCCCCACCUGGGGACGCUGUACAACAACAGCACCCUGGUCAGCACAGGCUUGUGGCUCAUGCAGAAACUGAAGAAGUCCGGGUCCCUUCUGCAGCUGACCUUCAGGGAUCAUGCCGACUUGCGCAAGUGUUUCCUCUACCAGCUAAGCCAGAAAACAGGCCUGCAGUAUUUUAAAAACGUCGUUCUGGUGGCUUCUCCUCAAGAUCGUUACGUGCCCUUCCACUCAGCCCGGAUCGAAAUGUGCAAGACCGCCCUGAAGGACAGACACACAGGGCCAGUGUACGCGGAAAUGAUCAACAACCUCCUGGGCCCUCUGGUGGAAGCCAAGGACUGCUCUCUGAUCCGACACAACGUGUUCCACGCUCUGCCCAACACUGCCAACACCCUGAUCGGCCGUGCUGCUCACAUUGCCGUGCUGGACUCAGAACUCUUCCUGGAGAAGUUUUUCUUGGUGGCGGGACUCAACUAUUUCAAGUAG